CAUCCAACCCGCGCGGCCGCCAACUUCUCUGGAUGGGACCAGAAGUUUCUAGCCGGCCAGUUGCUACCUCCCUUUAUCUCCUCCUUCCCCUUUGGCAGCGAGGAGGCUAUUUCCAGACACUUCCACCCCUCUCCGGCCACGUCACCCAGUCCUUUAAUUCAUAAAGGUGCCCGGGGCCGGCUUCCCGGACACGUCGGCGGCGCGCAGAGCUCUCGCUCCACCGGCGGCAGCGAAGUGUCCGCACCCCGCGACCCCGCGUCCCGCGGCCGCUGCGGCCCGACCCCGACCCAGCAUGAGCGCUGCCACCCACUCGCCCAUGGUGCAGAUGGCGUCCGGCAACGGCGCCGGUGACCGCGACCCCCUGCCCCCCGGCUGGGAGAUCAAGAUCGACCCGCAGACCGGCUGGCCCUUCUUCGUGGACCACAACAGUCGCACCACGACGUGGAACGACCCACGCGUGCCCCCCCAAGGUCCCAAGGAAACAUCGUCCUCUGCCAAUGGCCCUUCCCGGGAGGGCUCCAGGCUACUUCCCACAAGGGAAGGCCACCCUGUGUACCCCCAGCUCCGACCAGGCUACAUUCCCAUUCCCGUCCUCCACGAAGGGGCUGAGAACCGGCAGACAUACCCUUUCCAUGCCUAUCCCCAGCCUGGGGCUCAGCGAUUCAGAACUGAGGCAGCCGCAGCUGCCCCUCAGAGGUCCCAGUCACCUCUUCGGAGCAUGCCAGAAGCCACCCAGCCAGACAAACAGUGUGGACAAGUGGCAGCAGCUGCAGCAGCUCAGCCCCCAGCCUCCCAUGGACCUGAGCGGUCCCAGUCUCCAGCGGCCUCCGACUGCUCCUCCUCAUCUUCCUCGGCCAGCCUGCCCUCCUCUGGCAGGAGCAGCCUAGGCAGCCACCAGCUGCCUCGGGGCUACAUCCCCAUCCCAGUGAUACAUGAGCAGAAUGUGGCCCGGCCGGCUGCCCAGCCCUCCCUCCACCAAGCCCAGAAGACCCACUACCCGGCUCAGCAGGGUGAAUACCAGACCCACCAGCCUGUGUAUCACAAGAUCCAGGGUGAUGAAUGGGAGCCCCGACCUGUGAGAGCAGCCUCCCCUUUCAGGUCACCAGUGCGGGGUGUGUCCAGCCGGGAGGGCUCGCCAGCCAGAAGCAGUACACCAGUGCACUCCCCAUCGCCCAUCCGUGUGCACACCGUGGUUGACAGGCCCCAGCAGCCCAUGACCCAUCGAGAAUCCCCACCUGUUGCCCCACCUGAAAACAAACCAGAAAGUAAGCCAGGCCCAACUGGACCGGAUCUCCUUCCUGGACACAUCCCAAUUCAAGUGAUCCGCAAGGAGGCGGAUUCUAAACCUGUUACCCAGAAGCCGCCUCCUGCCUCUGAGAAGGUGGAAGUAAAGGUUCCCUCUGCUCCAAUUCCUUGUCCUUCCCCUUCUCCAAUUCCCAGCCCUGCCCCUUCUGCUGUCCCCUCUUCCCCCAAGAAUGUGGCUGCAGAAGAGAAGGCAGCCCCCAGCCCUGCACCUACAGAAGUCACACCCCCCAAACCAGGAGAGGCUGAGGUUGCCCCAAAACAUCCAGGUGUGCUUAAAGUGGAAGCCAUCCUGGAGAAGGUGCAAGGGCUGGAGCAGGCCGUGGACAACUUUGAAGGCAAGAAGACUGACAAAAAGUACCUGAUGAUUGAAGAGUAUCUGACCAAAGAGCUGCUGGCCCUGGAUUCUGUGGACCCUGAAGGACGAGCUGAUGUACGUCAGGCCAGGAGAGAUGGUGUCAGGAAGGUUCAGACCAUCUUGGAAAAACUUGAGCAGAAAGCAAUCGACGUCCCAGGUCAAGUCCAGGUCUAUGAAUUCCAGCCCAGCAACCUUGAAACCGAUCCACCACUGCAGGAGAUCAUGGGGGUGGGUACCACAGCAGCAGACAAGGGGAAGAAAAGUGCUGGAAAUGAAGAAGCCCAAACUGCAACCCAGCAGCCAGAAGCCAAAGAAGCAGCAGCUCCAAACCCCGGCAGCACGACGGACUCAGCUGGCCCCCCAGCAGCCACACCAUAGUCCCCAUUAGACAAGAAUCAGACUUGGAGACUUGGCACUGUUGUGUGUGCUUUAGGGAGUUUUAAGUUGCAUGCAUUUCAGGGACUUUAAGUCAGGUGGUUUUUAUUUUUUUGUAGGUGUUCCGUACACAGUAACUUGGGUGGAGGCAAAACACUAAUAAAAGGGCUAAAAGGAAAAUGAAGCUUUUCUUCUGUAUUCUUACUCUGUAUAAAUAAGAAGUUGCUUGUUUCAGAAGUUUAACCCCAUCGCUUAUUGUUUUGGGUCCCCACUGUGCAUGGGCACCAUGUGUUAACUGUGGUUGUGAGCUGUCUUUCUGUAGCUCUGAACUGAGGAGUCUUUUGGGGGGGGGUAGAUGGGGAGUCGAUUUCCCAUCACACAAAUAUGAAAUCCAUUUUUCAGAAAUGUUGCCAUUGUAAUGGGAUGAUUUUCAUCUCAGAGUUCAAAUAUCUAACUUUUAGAUAGAAUAAGAUGUAAGGAGCUAUAGUCAUAUCUGUAUGUUGGACAACUAUAAUGUUACAUUUGAAAAAAGGGGAAAUAAAGUAAUUAUAUAACUCA